AUGGCGGACGAGGCGAUUCACAACCACCCUAAUGCCGAAGAGCAGGAGGUGGGCGCGAUUCAAGCACUGGAGCAGAGGAUCGAAAGGAUGGAGCGGACUCUCGAGCGGAGGUUUGAGCAAAGACUGGACCAGAGGUUCGAGGAGCUACGUACCAUGCUUGGUGCUCUAAACAUGCGUGCUGACCAGAAUGCGGUAGACGGCGGUCAGGCACGGCGAGUUUUUCCUCGUGAGCCACCCGUUGUUCAACGUGUUCCCCGUAGGAUCCAAUAUUAUGAAGAUUCAGAUGAGGAGAGUGGAGUUGCAUACGAUCGAUUUGUUCAUCCACGAAGGAAUCAAAGAAAUCGCCAAGAUGCUGGAGACUUUCGUUUGAAGGCCGAUAUUCCCGUUUUCAACGGAUGCUUAAACAUCGAGGAAUUCUUGGAUUGGCUUUCAGAAGUCGACCGGCUCUUCGAAUGCGCGGAGGUUCCCGAGGAGAAGCGCGUGAAGCUGGUGGCAUACCGAUUGAAGGGAGGAGCAUCUGCUUGGUGGGAUCGUGUGCAAGAAAACCGAGGACGUGUAGGGAAGCAGCCCAUCCAAACAUGGGAACGCAUGAGGCGAAUGUUGAGGGCUAGAUUUCUUCCUCCAGAUUAUGAGCAAUAUUUUUUCAUGAAAUACCAGAGGUGUGUGCAAGGGUCGAGGUCCGUCCAUGAUUACACGGCGGAAUUCCUAAGGUUGGCGGAGCGUAAUGCUCUAAACGAGUUAGAGAGCCAACAAGUUGCCCGGUAUAUGGAAGGUUUAAAGCCAACUAUUCGGGACAAGAUUGGCGUGCAAAUGGUAGCAACGGUGGAUGAUGCUCGAAGUUUAGCUCUCAAGGCUGAGAUGAUGACGCAAGACAGGGGAAAUUCAUACCGCAGGAAUUAUGCAGAAUCAUCACAAGUCUCUGCAGAAAGAAGCCAAGCUACUAAAAAACCCGGAUUAAACAAGCAAGGUCAAGGAAAUUUCGAUAAAUCAGCUGGCAAAAAGUUGGCCACCGAGACUGGAGCUUCAAGGAACCAAAAUUCUCUUGCCAUGCAAUUCACAGCAAAGUGCUUCAAGUGCAACCAGCCGGGUCAUCGAUCGAGUGAUUGUCCUCGGCGAAAGGCUAUCGCUUUGGUGGAGCAUGAGGAAGAUGUUGAAGAUGUGUUUUGCGAUCCUGAGGAAGAGGAAGAGGAAGAUGAAGAAUACAGCGGUGAUGAUGAUUAUGAGCAGACAUACAUGGUUCGGAAGUUGAUGCUCGCACCUAAGCAAGAAGACCAAUCAAUCCCAGAAAAACAAGCUAUUUCGCACUAG